AUGAAACGACGGCAAUGGGAAUCGGCCGAGCCCUGGGAUUUGCUGUUCGGUUUCGUUACUUCGCAGGAGGUGUAUAGAUUGCACGCGUCGCUUCUUCGGCUCUUCGUGGCUGUUCGGCUUCGCUGCUUCGACGAUUUUCCAUUCCUGUCGUAUCGGAAGUUACGACAGAACGGGAGCUCGCUGGCUGUGAAGUCCGAAAUCGUCUCCCUCUCUAGAAGCCGAAGAAGAUGCCUCUCACAGCUCACCCGAUUCAUACGACCAGAAGAGGCGAAUCCUGUUUCGCCGCCUCCAUUCGCCGCAGCCACUUCGUCGCCUUUACCUGUUCGUGAACCAGGCCAAGUCCUGUUCAUCUCUUCCUCGCCUUUACCGACUCCUCUUGCUUCCUCGGCACCAGGUUUUGGAGUUAAAAUUCCAAAUCCUUGCUUUGCUGUCAGUUGGCUGGAUGAUAAAACCACUUACCAAGCUGGUGACACGUCAACUAUUAAGAUUAAGCUAUUGAACAAUUCGUUAAAUGGUAACAUCAGCACAAACAAAAUGCAGUUCUCAGUUUCUGUGAGUGGGAAGAAAGGAAAUAGCUCAUAUAUAUCUGCUGUAUUUCCUUACUUUGAAGGAGAUCCUAUGUUUUGGAAUAUUUCUUUUACACCCAUCCAAGUUGGAAACUUUUCUGUGGUUGUUGUUGAAGAUUUUUCUGGUGUUAUUGAUUCAUCACUUCAUUUCAGUGUUACUGCUGGACUAAUGUACCCGUCUGCUUGUCUGCCUUCUUGGAUGGAUUCUUCCGAGGAGUCUGUUGCUGGUACCAGAACUUAUUUGCUGAUAUAUCCUAAAGAUGCUUUUGGAAAUAAUAUCUCAUCAGUGGAUAUGCCAACGAGUGAUCGUUUUACAUUGUCAGCAUCUUAUCUGAACGGAUCUGCGGCAGAGAUUUUCAAUUUCGUUUCUAGUUCUUGGAACGAAUUGGGAUAUUUUUUCAUCGAGUUUAUUCCCACCAUUGCUGGAAGGCUCAUGUUACAUGUUUAUGGUGAUAAUCAAACCUUAAAUGGUUCUCCUCUUCCAUUUACAGUCAUAUCAGGACUCCUCAAUGUUACGAAUAGCAUAACCAAAUGGAAACAUGAAAUAAAUUCAUUGCAGAUUUUCUCAAAGUUGCAGAUAUUCAUACAAGCAUGA